AUGAGCUCCACCGAUGAUGACCCAGUCAUCGCGUCAUACGACGUCCUCCUCACCGACUCAGACAUCUCUCGCUACGUCUUCCAAUACCUUGACCGACCUGAAAAACUUCCCUACAAUGAGCGGAGGGGUCAGAAGCCAACUUCCCUGCGAAUGAAGCCCGGCACAGGCAUGGUCGAGGUCGAGAUUCCCAUCCAGACCCGCGGCAACUACGACGUAACCAAGGGACUCAGGUAUGGCGAUGCGAUGAAAAAGAGCCGCGCCGGACGCGAUGGAGGGGCUUUCGGCAUGGCCGGAGGCUUCAGCUCUGGAAGUAUGGCUAGUGGUGGAGGCCGAGUCAAGGCGGAGGGAGGGGGUGACAUUGAAAUGUUGGACAAUAAAAAGGUUGUGGACCCAUCGUCGCUGGUCAGGACGCAGGCUCUUGGUGGCCGCAUCAAGCCUCAAGAAGAAGGAGAUCCGGUCUACAUGCUUGCUACAUUCAAAGGAAAAAACGUGCACCUCUCACCUGUUUCUGCGGUUGUCCAAUUACACCCCCAACUUCACCAUCUCGAUGCACUGGAUGAAAUGCCCAAGGGGCGGGGCUCCAAAGGCAAGAAAGAUGACGAGGAGCGCCCAGCCGAGACCGAAGCGCGUGCAAUUGAUGUGAAGAUCAAGGGUGCCGAAGAUGGAGGUGCAAUGCUUCAAGGGAACCUGGAGCUCCUCAAAAAGAUGCAAGAGGAGAAAUGGAAGAAGUUUGAGUGGGUGGAUGCCGAGACUGAGGAAUCAUGGUACACAUAUGAGAACUACAUGAUGAACCAGACCCCCGAAGGCCUACCAGAACUCGAAUCGACUAUCACCAGUGAAGACUACCUAGAUGGAAUGAGCGCUCCGCGGAUUGAUCCCGCACGGCCGGAAAUGACGGGAUGGGCCAUGAAGCAGAACAGACAAAAGCAAAAAGACGGAUCAUCAGACAGCGAAGAUGAAGAGGGGUGA